GUCACCGUUGGGAACUGCAAACAACUGUCGGCCAAAGGCUUCAGCACCGUCCAAAACAUCCUGAACCGCCAACAUGAAGCUCGUCGCUGCCCUGUCUUUCGUCUCGCUGGCGGUCGCCGCCGUGCUGGAGGUUCGCGAAGGUUGCCAUGGUAACAACUGCAACCGCGCUGUGACAGGUACCCGGGACGGCCUGCUUCCCCUGACGGAGCGGUCCGCUUCCUGCUCGAGCUUCCUGCUCACAACGGUGACUCCGGCAGCGACCACUGUCACCGUCACCGUCGACGACGAGACUUUCACGCCGACCGCCACACCGGCCAAGCGCGAGCUCGAGGGUAGGCAGGUGACCGUCGUGCCGAGCUCGAUCCCCGAGUUCGCGGCCAACUGUGCCAACGCGGAGGAGUUCAUCUCGGCCUGCUCGUGCUUCGGUGUUACCGGGUCCGUGACGACGGCGCCGACGCCCACGGUGACGGUCACCACCACGUUGGACUACUGCGAUGAUCUUUAAGUGGUUAAUGGGCCAGCCUUCCGAUGGGGAAAGUGCUUGUUACCGUGUAAUGUCAAUCAUUGGGUUACUGACGUGAUCCAGUGUUUGCCGAACGGGUAGAAGGGCCUAGAUGGACGCUUGCCAUGAUGAAUGAUAAUGUAUUUAAUGGACUGGGCGAUGUUGAUAGGUACCUAAAUGACCACCUCAGGGCUGCCUAAGUUAUCGUUGAGAGUGCUCCGAGGGGCAGUAUAAGUAUGACCGUAUAUGAACCUCUCGCCGUCCUGUCGGCCACUGAAUGAGAGACAAUCCUAACGGUCGGCAGCAGGGACCAGCCAGCAAGCAAACGUUACCCUACCUGCCAACGUAUGCGGACGGCAUCGUGCUUCGGGUAGGAGAGGAUUGCAGUACCGUCCAGAGACCAAGGCACCUUCAACUUUUCAGGUUUACUAAGAGACGCGAAUGUACGAAGUAGUCAGCGGUGCAGUGAUCUGUAAUUAUCGCAAGCCCACUGUUGCCGAU